GACCUGCAAAAGGAAAGGACAGUCACAGUCAGUCGAAGGUCAUGGAGAAAAACGUGUCAUGCAAUGGUGUAGAGGAUGGGUGAGGACGGACGUUUUCACCUUUUGCAACAUUAUCAAACAGGUACAGCACCCGCAAGGCUUUAGAGGUGAGGGUGAGAAAAAAAAUCGUAUAAAAGGCGAGAGAAAAGGCGAAGGGAAAUCAGUCGAGGGAGCAUCUCCGACACGGCAACAACUACAGCGCACUCACCAUCUGCCUUCUUCACCGUAUUGCCAGUUCGCAACCAUGGUUAAUUAUGGCGUCGUGCUGCUGUUGGGUGUUUUAUCUUUGACGGAUUGGUCGACCAUUGGUGUACCGAUGUCUCCCUGCUAUGGAGAAUACCAAACCGCAACGCCGCCGCCUUACUUCACGACAACAACAUACGCAACAGUCGGUUACUGCACCUCCAAGUACUACACCACUUAGGCAC